AUGUUUGACAACACACAGUACCCCUAUAACUGCUUUAAUUAUGAUGGGGAUGAUUAUCCUACCUGUAGUUCUGAUGAAGAGAAAAAAUUCACCAGACCAGCAUACAGCUACAUUGCCUUAAUUGCAAUGGCCAUCCAGCAAAGUCCUUCAAAUAAAGUCACCCUCUCUGGCAUUUAUGACUUUAUAAUGAAGAAAUUUCCUUACUACAGAUCAAAUCAAAGAGCCUGGCAGAACUCCAUCCGACAUAACUUAUCGCUUAACAGUUGUUUUGUAAAGGUUCCCAGAACAGAAGGGAAUGAGAAGGGCAAAGGAAACUAUUGGAGCUUUGCGACGGGAUGUGAAUCCAUGCUGGAUCUCUUUGAAAAUGGGAAUUACAGGAGAAGACGGAGGAGGAGGAACGUGAAAAGGGAACAUAAGGAACAGAGACCAAGCAGAGGGAAAAGUCCCUCAUCACCCGAUACAUCUUCUAUGGACUCUUCUUUAAACAACAUUUCCUCUUCUGGAAGUAAACAUGGAAGAAUUGAAUCUGGCCCAAGACUGCUGGAGCCUCGUGGGUUUGCUCCAAACAGCAUGACCAACAGGCAGAGCCUAAGCAAUUCCUCCUUGGCAAAAUCGGAUUCUGAGAUUAAAUUCAGCAUUGAUUACAUCCUUUCAGCCCCCGACCCUUUGCCUGUCCUGAGAUCUCAAUAUAAUAUGCAAGAAAAUAAAUAUCAUCUACUGGAGGCCCAGCAAAUUAAUCUCCAGUUCUGGACAAUGUGA